AUGACACUCGUGAAGACGAGCUCGGCCGUGGCGCUCAAAAAAGGUCAACGGCGCAUGGGUAGUCUUGCCGAAGGGGAACCUCAUGCUCCCAUGAGUUUUCAGACUCAGGGUACCCAGGCCACUUCAACAGAUAUUGGUAGUGACCAUGACGACGACGUCGUUGAAGUACCCUCUCCACAUGGAGCUGUAAGAUCCCUUGCUUAUCCAGCAACGCGGGUGGCGGUCGGAGUAUCGGCUGAAAGCCAAGUUGAGUUCAUAAAGAAAGUAAAGGAUCUACGUGAGACUUUGGGUAAGACUCAGAACGCUCUGUACUAA